AUGGCGCCAACUAAACGGGGCCGUGAGGUUAUUGACCUCACCGACGAUGCUGAGCCCCGAACGAAGAAUGCCCGAGUGCCAAGUCAUGGAACGUCUUCAUCAAGUCAGAGUACAGCGCCCAGACAAUCACAAGGAUCGCGUGAUUCCUGGUCAACACCAUCUUCCUCACUCGGCAAUUCUCGAUAUCCUGCAUCGUUCCAGGUACUCAACGCAGAUGACGAUGAAGCAAUUGACCUUACCCAGGAUGAUGAAGGGCCUUCCCUGGAGCUUUAUGGCACCAUGGAUACCAAGAUUGUUGGUGUGAGGUACUACAAUGGCGUAGCAACCCCCCACGAGCUUGUGGCCGUCAGAAGAGAACCUGGUAACCCAUACGACGAAAACGCAAUUCGUAUCGACAAUGUCAUGGGUGCUCAAAUCGGCCACUUGGGUCGAAAGGUCGUCGAGAAACUAGCUGGUUACGUUGAUCGCAACGAGUUAGUUCUCGAAGGGGUGCUCACUGGUGAAAAGGGACUGUGGGACUGUCCCAUGCGACUCUUUCUCUACGGCACCAGCCACCCUUUAACUCGGCUACGACUGGAAGAGAGACUUAAGGCAGAUAGACUUCUCAAGGCUACGCAGCUGAAGCAGACACGGAAAGAAUCUGAGGCUCGCAGGAAGGCAACCGGCCUCCAAAGUGGUACGUCCAGCGCAGGGCUCGCCACUGCUGUAUGCCAGGAGCAGGAGACGGCACUUCAGCAGCUCGUGGCAACCAGCGAAACCCUGGAAACACAAAGAACAGACGACCUGACCGAUGUUUUCGCUUCAAAUGAAGAGACACUGAAGGCAAUGCCCAAGGCUGAUCAACCUACCAUCCUGAAGUCGCAACUUCUGCCCUAUCAACUUCAGGGGUUGGCAUGGAUGGCCGCCAGAGAAAAGCCACAGCUUCCUGCACCUAACUCGGACAACUCCGUCCAGUUGUGGAAACGUAGUAGCGCUACUCGAUACACCAAUUUGGCGACGGGCUUCAUAUCGACCUCGGCACCAAGCCUAAUCUCAGGUGGCAUCCUUGCUGACGACAUGGGCUUAGGCAAAACUCUUCAGAUCAUCAGCCUGGUGCUAGCUGAAGGUACGGAUGGCGGCCCUACAUUAAUUGUAGCACCCGUGAGCGUUCUAAGCAACUGGGAGCAGCAAAUUCGGUUCCAUGUGAACAAGGACCAGAUUCCUCACAUCGUUGUCUAUCAUGGCUGCAAGCCGAUGUCGGGCGCAGAACUCCGUAAAUUUGACGUUGUCAUCACCUCCUACGGCAUGGUCGGCCAAGAGUCCAAGUCAAGCGGACAGCGUCUCCUUGCGGUCGAUUGGCGCAGAGUCGUGCUGGAUGAAGGUCACACGAUUCGAAACCCCAAGUCUCGGGUGGCAGCAGCCGUCUGCAAUUUGAAGGCCCAGUCUCGAUGGGUACUUACAGGAACCCCGAUCAUCAACAGCGUCCGUGAUUUUCUAUCCAUUCUGCGUUUCCUCAAGCUUUCUGGAGGACUCGAAGAUGAUGGCCUGUUCUCUCAGGUCAUCACCAGACCCAUGAAACAGCUUCAUCAUAGCCACCCUGACAAGAUUAAGGCGAUAAAGGUGUUAGGUCACUUAAUGCAGGAUUUGUGUCUGCGCCGCAAGAAGGAUAUGAUGUUCAUCGAUCUCAAUUUACCCCCAAAGACCGAAUACAUUCAUCGCAUCAAAUUUGGUAAGAGUGAACAAAUCAAGUACGACGCCAUGAUGUCAGAGGCUCAGGGAGAGUUGGAAAAGUACCAAUCCAAGUCCUCGCACGGACAGAAGGGCAGGUACACAAGUAUUUUGGAGAGACUACUGCGACUGCGCCAGAUUUGCAACCAUUGGGCUUUGUGCAAGGACCGGGUGGAUGAUCUUCUUGCUCUCUUCGAGGACCAGAAAGUCGUUGCUCUAGACGACAAGAAUGUUCCAAUUCUCCAGCAAGCCCUACAACUCAUGAUCGACAGCCAAGAGGAGUGUGCUAUCUGCUACGAAUCAAUUAGUAUUCAUGAGCCCUGCAUCACCGCUUGCAAGCAUGUUUUCGGGAAGCCCUGCAUCGCCAAAGCCAUUGAAAUGCAAGGCAAGUGCCCUAUGUGCCGCUCCGAACUGCAGGCCGAAUCCCUUGUAGAUCCAAUACCCGAGACCCAGGAGGAGGAGUUUGAGGCGGACGAUACAUGCCGAAGCUCAAAGACGGAGGCGCUCGUCAAGAUUCUUGAAGCCACACUUCACAAGGAAGGUUCUAAGGUCGUCAUCUUCAGUCAAUGGACUUCGUUCCUGAACAUCAUCCAGAUGAGACUGAAACAGGCAAACUUAGCAUGCACCCGAAUCGACGGAAGCAUGGCCAAAAAGCACCGUGAUGCUGCCAUCGAAUCCUUGAACACGGAUCCCAAGACCCGCAUUCUGCUGGCCAGUUUGAGCGUGUGCAGUGUCGGCCUCAACCUGGUUUCUGCAGAUACGGUGGUCCUAGCCGAUUCGUGGUGGGCGCCGGCCAUUGAGGAUCAGGCCGUAGACCGAGUGCACCGCCUUGGCCAGACGCGCGAGACGACGGUGUGGCGGCUAGUUAUCGAGGACUCAAUUGAGGAGCGCGUGCUUGACAUUCAAUCCGAAAAGAGACAGCUCGUCAGCGCUGCGUUCCAGGAGAAGACGAAGGGCGGAAAAGCCAAGGAGACGCGCAUGGCCGACAUCUCUAAAUUGCUUUCUUGA